AUGUCUCUGAACGAAGUCUGGGAGGCAGCCUCCUCAAGCCCUUACUCUCCCCUGAUAUCGAAAGAUCACCAGUUCUUCGUUGGCUUCAGUCUGCUGCUGAGUGCAUUGGUUCUUACUGGUCUAUUCGGUCUGAAUCGCUCCUUCUUGAGCAUCGCAACAUUCGGGGUUCCAGCGUCAUUGGCAUUCGGAUUUGGUGCCGUAUACAUGAUCUGCGCCGUUGGUGUCUACGUUUGA